AUAAAUCUUACCGGUUAGUUAUGGAGCAGCAGACGCGGCGUUUGUGCUUGAUUUAUAGAGACGAAACGUUUAGUCCGAUUUGGAUUUUUGGACUAGAUCACAUUCCUUAUCAAGAUAUGCCCCAGGGAUUCUGGGAAAAAUUCCCACGGCAAGAUGGCCUGUGUUUGCACAGUACAACGAAAUCGAAUCUAGCAAACGAAGUGAAGGAGCAGUUAGUUGCUUGGGGUUUUCGAACGGAAGAAAGCAUGCACAAGCAAACCGCACCUUUUCGAAUGGACUACCGUCGGUACCCAGGGAUGGUUAGCCUGACCCGCCUUGGGAAGCAUCGGGUAGAGCACUUGAUUAUCAUUCAAGGACCUGCCCCU